AUGGAUGCCGUUCAAUGUCGCGACUGUGUGGGUGGAGCUAUCCAUACAGGCAAGCCGACUGGAGUUCAGAUCCAAUUUCACGGCCUCCCAGCCUAUGUGACUCGGCCAGAUGAAGGGACACCAGGAAAAGGAAUAAUUAUAUUCAUCACCGACAUCUUCGGGUGGAAGUUUCCAAACAGUAGGCUCCUUGCCGACAAAUAUGCCAAAAAUGGUGGUUAUACAGUCUAUAUACCAGAUUUCAUGAGAGGCAACGGAGCUGCUCCAAAGGCUGCCGAAUGCAUGCGCGUCACAGCCGCCUAUGAAGCGCCCUCCUCGCUUCUCUACAGCAUCUUCGUCAAGCCAUUCUUGGCCCUCAAAGCUGUCUUCCUCCUUGCCGGCCCAGCUUUCCAUACCCGACGAUCUAAGGCCAAACCGGUCGUCUUCGACUUCAUGCGAGCGCUCCGAGCCGACCCGGCGACCGCUGAUACCAAAAUCGGCGUCGUUGGAUUCUGCUGGGGUGGUCAGUACUCAAUCCUUCUCGGUCAAAACGACUCAGGCCAUGGUUCAACAGAGUCCAUACCUCUCGUUGAUGCAGCAUUCACGGCUCAUCCUGCUCGAUUUGAGAUACCGGAAGAUAUCAAGAAGGCCAAGGUUCCGUUGUCCAUGGCCUUGGCGGAAAACGAUCUCUGGGUGCCGCCGAAAGAGGCUCAGAUUCUGAAGAAACUGGAGAAGGAGGAGCCGUAUGAAGUUGUGAUUUUUGAGGGGACGAAACAUGGGUUUGCGUUGAGGUGUGAUGAGAAGGAUGAGGUGCAGAUGGCGGCUGCUGAGAAGGCGGAGGAGCAGGCUUUGAGGUGGUUUAAGAAGUGGAUUGGUUGA